UGCAAAUUUCCCUUUCGUAAACGGUCGUUGCCAUUUGAAACGGUCGAUGCCAUUUCUCGGAACGGUCGUUGCCAUUGAAAACGGUCGAUGCCAUUUCUCAUGACGGUCGAUGCCAUCGUAAAGGUCGAUGCCAAGAAGGAACCGAUAUUUCCGACUCUCUCCGACGACAUGCGUGACAAUUAGAGCAAUGCAGACUAGCUUUCCCACAAACCAUCGCGAUUUUUAUCAAAUCAAAAUGGCGGACAAACCCGACAAUUUUCUCAAAGAUCUAAUAUCUUCAGCUAUAAAAGAAGUCGAAUCGAAAAGAAAAUCUUUUGAAUCGACCCAAAUUACAAAGGAGAGUUUUCUGGCUUCGCUUCCAGAUGAUUCAUUUUACUACCUGAAGGCAAUUUCAGGAAAUGGAGAAAAGUUCAAAGUGCACUUUUUGACCGAAGAUAUAACGAAAGAAAACCUGGAGCAAUGGAUAUCCGAAUAUGAAGUGAUAAACAGCAUCUCAGUGAAGUUAAAGACAAAGAAGGCACCAACAAGCGGCUAUGUGUUGCAAAACUACUAUAGAUGCCAACACAACACUCGCAACUGGAGUCCAAGUAAAGAUCCACAGCAGAAAUUGUACUUGAAUCCAUCUGCCAGAGUAAAGAACACCAAUUGCCCCUUUCAGAUGAUAGUCAAAAUAGACAGCGAGGGAUGUUGUUCUGUGGACAUAGAGUGGGACCACAACCAUUCACUUGAAACUCUGGAGACCUCUAAUUUCCGUGACCUUUCUCCUGAGUGCACAGAAAGGGUUUUGAAGCUGUUUGAAAGUGGGCAUACACCAGCAACCGCAAGGCAACAGUACUUGAAAGAACUCAAAGAAUCAUGUCAGGAUGAAUUGGAAUUUCACAGGAAAAAGGCCAAUCGGGCAGUUAUGCCAAGAAAAAGGGACUUUAGUUACCUCUACACGCAAUUUGGUAAGGAUAGGUAUGGUGGACAGGGCGUUAUGAUGUUUGAAAGACUUGCCGAAAGGCUUGAACAAUACAAGAAAGACAACCCUGAAGCUACUACUUGUUACCAGAUAUAUGAAGGUGAUAAUACGCCUCUUAUAAUUGCUAUUGUAACACCUCUCAUGAACCGUGUACACAAGGAAGUGCAGCAGUCUGGUGAGAUGGUUUUUGUUGAUGCUACUUCUAAUACAGAAGAGCACAAUCUUAAAGUGUUUUUAAUGUGCACAAACAAUGUGUCUGGAGCACUUCCACUUGGCAUCUUGAUCACCAGUGAUGAGCAGGAGCGUACACUUAAACAGGGCUUUGAAAUGUUUCGGUCCUGUUUACCAGAGUAUGCAUUCAAUGAUCGUGGUCGGGAACAAGGCCCCCAAGCCAUCCUUACAGACAACUGUAAAGAGGAAAGAAAUGCUCUGAAGUCUGUUUGGCCAACAUCUGUUUUACUUCUUUGCAUCUUCCACAUGCUCCAACAACUUUGGAGAUGGCUUCACGAGAGCAAGAACAGUAUCAGCCAAGCAGAUAGACCCUAUUUUCUCACCCUUUUCAAGAGGUCCUUGUAUGCCGAGACAAAACAAGAUUUUGAGAACUGCUUCAGUGAACUUUUGAAUGAUGGCCGUUGCAAGAAAUACCCAGAUCUAGUCAGCUAUUUGCAAAAUCUAUACAAUGACAAAGAAUCUUUUGCUCUAUGCUUUAGAACUGAACUGCUUGUUAGAGGUAACCACACCAACAAUUUUGCUGAGGCUCAGUUUUUGGUUCUUAAGGAUGUAAUUCUGCAGCGCACUAAAGAGUACAAUGUUGUUGGGCUUCUAGACAAGCUGACUAUUGAUUUAGAAGAUCACUACAAGAAUAAGCUCCUUAGUAUUGCUGAUGGGAGUUUUGAUGGCGUGUACAGACAUCGUUUCUUUGGCAAAGGGAAAAACGGAAGCACAGGGUUUAAAGUCCCCGAUAAAAAAGAUCUUGAUGCCUACCUCUCAACUGUGGAGAACUUUGGCAAUAAUGUAUUCAAAGUUGGAAGCUCUUCAGAUAGCAGUCACAGUUAUACAGUGGACAUGACUCUUGGGAUAUGUACCUGCANUUUUACGGCUAAAUCACAAGAGUGGUUGGGAUACAAAUCAUCUAUACAAAUCAUCUAUGUGGACUAA